AUUCCAACGAGCUAAAUCGCAACAAGUACAGAUAUUCCACACUUGUUCCGCCUCCUCCGGACCUCCCAACGACCGCAAUCAUGAAGAUCCUCUACAUCGGAAUCCUCAAGAACGAAGAGAAGCCCGCAGUCGAGCUAUGUGCGGAGCGUGAGCUCUCCUCCUUCUCACGCUUCACGCGCGGCAGCGUCGGCGAGUUCAUGUCCGUUUUCGCCAAAACCGUCGCCGAGCGGACGAAGCCCGGCCAGAGACAAGAUGUCGAGGAGCAAUCAUACACCUUCCACGCAUACGCACGCUCCGAAGGCGUUGCGGGCAUAAUAAUCACGGAUCACGAGUACCCCGGGAUGGUCGCACAUCAGCUGCUGAGCAAGAUCAUGGAUGAGUUUCUGAGCCGGUACCCACGCAGUGCAUGGGCGAAUAGCAGCGCAGAGGUGCCUUUCCCACCCUUGAAGGAGUACAUUACAAAAUACCAAGAUCCGCAGCAGGCGGACAGCAUCAUGAAGAUCCAGAAGGAGCUCGACGAGACUAAGAUCGUACUUCACAAGACCAUCGAAUCAGUGCUGGAACGUGGCGAGAAGAUCGACAGCCUAGUCGCCAAGUCGGACGGCCUCAGUGCACAGAGCAAGAUGUUUUACCAAUCAGCCAAGAAGCAGAACAGCUGCUGCACGGUCAUGUAAGACUCACGAAGCAUCUACAUGAGUCUGAAGCAUUUGCAGGCGUUCG